UUAGGUAAAAAUCCAUCUUUUGAUUGCAAAUAUCGGCCUUCGCUUCAACGGCUUAUAGCGUCCUAGACAAAUGACGUCAUUUCUAAGAACUGUAUUCGCCGUCGAGAUACAUACACAUUGGAGGGUAUGUGAGCUUGUUGUCGAAAUGCAGAAGAAGUGCCGCAUAAAGUUGUAAUUUAAUGGAUUCUGAUAAGAGCGAUCUCUUGGAGAAGGAGGACAAAGAAGCGUCACAACUUGCUGCUAAGUCAGGAAAAAAGAAGAAAAAGAAAAAGAAGAAAAAAACAUCGACUACCAUCGAGGAAGGACACUCAACGUCAAACGAAGUUAGUGAACUAUGUGCUGGAAGUAUUCAACCAGCCAGUCAAAUCACUCCAGAAGAAAUCUCAGAGUCGAAUGUCUUGCAUUCUGAGGAAAUCAAUUUUUUAAGUCCUUCAAAAAGCGAAGCAAAAUCAUCUGAAGAAGCGAUAAAAGACGAGCUUGAACGCGUCUAUCCAGACCACGAUGCCAUCACAAAUCUACAUGAAAAAUCAUUUAUUUCAAAUCAAUCGAGUGAGAGCACUGCCAAAAGAAAGAAGAACAAAAAGAAGGACAGUCUUGAAUCUAAACAGGUUUUAUCAGAAGAGAAGGAAUCGAAACUUAAAAUCCCCAAAGACAGCGAAAAGCUAAUCAAAAGCGAUAGCGGAAGUGAGAAAGAGCGCAAAGAAGUAAAAGUAAACGCUGGAGGUGCCAAGCCGAAACCUUCCGACGAAAAGUCAAGCUCACCAUCUACUGACCGAAAGAAAAAGAAAAAGAAAAAAGCGGGAGGGUUCCUUUUAUCAGAUGUGAAUUUAUCUGAGCCUCAAAAUGAUUCAGAUAAAGAGAAAAAAGAUUUGAAAUCCUCUGAAAAAGAUACCAUGAAAUUGUGUGACACUGCACUGUCUGCAGACUCAGCUGAGCGUGAAAGUGACUUCAAGACCUUUAGCAAGGACACAUCAUUGUUGGAAUCGGAAACUAGAGAGCAGAAUAAUCUUUUCAAGAUUCUCAUCAUCUAUAAUGGUCUUGGCUUAGACACACUUCGCAAGUUAUUCAUGAAGAUCCACCCUUCCUGGUCCAACAAGCCUGAUGAUGCUAAAAAUCUGGACAAAGGUAUAAUGAGACUGAAACACCAUGAGCUUUCCAGGUUUAACAAUGGAAACAUUAACGACUGGGAUGUUUCUCUGAUGACAACAGUACUACUCUACUCCAAGGAGUGUGCUAAGGAAAUCCGCUUGAAACCAGGAUAUGAAAAUGCCAUCCGAACCGUCAAAGAGCAGAAAAACCAGCUGAUUAGUCAUAUGAGCACAGAACAAAUGACAGAUGAUGAGUUCAACACAGCUUGGGAAAAAAUUACCAAAAGCUUGGAAACUAUCGGUGCUAGUGAGGGAGAUAUUGAUGAGAUUUUAACAGGUGAUAAUUUGGAGAGUGCAAAGUUUUACCGUGAUAUGCUUCUACAAGAAAUGGCUCUCAAGGAUGCUGUGUUACACGACAUCCAAGCGAAAAUGGAUAUGAUGGGAGAGGAAGUGGCUGAAAAAGUAGCACAUCGCCUGGUUACUAAAAACGGUUCUAAAAGUGAAAAACAGCCACGUUUCCAGGACCUUAGUGGCCCAAGGUGGGAUGAUUGGCUUCGUUUUUGCGAUAACGUACAAGAUUUCAACCAUGAUAAUAAUAACUACAUCCUCAUAACGGAUCGUAUGUCAUCAGAAAAUUUGAAACACUUUUCUGUCUUGAGAAGUGUACCAUGGAAAAUUGUUCUCGACUUUGACCCGUCUUCCGAGGAGUAUGGCAUGUACCACGAUUUUCUUCGAAAAGAAGGCAAGAACAGUCUAAUUGACAUGAUGACACCAGAGGAGAUCCGACGACACCAUGGUUCCACAAUCAGUCUCGCUCGACAUCUCGACUCACGUAAGACCCAAUGGCUAUUCGUUAAUGGAAGAGAAAAAGACAGCGGAGCAAAUGGUGGAGCACAAGCCCUUUAUGAAUGGAAAAGUUCGUCAUUGAAGUAUGUGUCUCGAUUCUUGAGCUGCUGUUCUGAUCCAGAAGCGAUUGAUAAGCUGAAACCUGUUAUUUGUAUUAUUUUGCCUUUUCAAAGGCAGACCCUUCCCUUUCUUGAAGUGACUAUGGAAAGACUUGUUGAAAACUUUCAUGAUGAUGAAUUCUCCCUUUCCUUUGUUGGAGUAAAACACGAAAACAUUCAUGAUCUUCAACGACGCUUUAACAUUCGUCUCACAACCCUUCCACCUUCCCUUCUACAUUUGGGUUUGAGAGAUUUAUUGAAAGUAUCUACUGGGAAAGAAUAUCGAAUGCCGACUUUUCAAGCCAAACUGUCUGCAAAGCUAACAAAUCAUCAGUACUUAUUCUUGCAGGAAUAUAUGCAUGUCUUGUACGACGGAUGUGAAGAUCUACCGAAGGUGAACAGCGAAGACGACCAAGAAAAAUUGAAUAAAAUUCUUAAUGACCAUAAAGAAGCUUUCUUGUCAGGAAAUUGGAUUUCCUUUGUGAGUCUAUAUGACAACCAUGACGCACGAAGAGAGCUGAGUGAAGAGGUGAGAAACCACAUACAACGCCUGUUGGAACAAGGGCCAACCCACUCCACCAUACUUGAGAUUCGACACUCGCCAGGAACAGGUGGUACAACCAUUGCCAGACGUGUCUUGUGGGACUUACGUAAGUCAUAUCCUUGCGCAAUUGCAAGAUUGGAAGACUACAAGUUUGAUUUUGAUGACGACUUCCAUUUCAUUAAUGCCUUGGCUGAUCGUAUAAGCGCUUUGCAAGAUAUCUGCCAGAUGAUCCCUCUUAUUCUUCUUGAUGGUAACCAUUCGAGGAUAGAAGCUUUGAAUACCAAACUUGUCAGGGUACUCAAUAGUAGAGGUCAAAGGGCAGUUCUUUUGAGCUGUUUGCACCGCUCAGCAAAGGUAACUGAUGACGAAACAAAUCCCGAAACCACAGAUGUCCAUCAUCGCUUCUUUGUUAAAGUAAAGCUUGAAGAUUCCUUAGCAGAUCUUCGUCAAUUUGAAGAAAAAUACAAAGAUUAUAUUGACAAGUUCAAGAAGGAAUCAUUGAGCCCAAGUAGAGUGUUCCAUUUCCCUUUGCUGGCAAUGCUUAAAGGACUGGAAGGUUUUGAUUGUAAACUAAAGCAGAUCAUAUUUGAUAGCUUUGAUGAGAUGGAUGGUUUGAGAAAAGAAAUCGCUGUCGUUGUGGCAUUCAUUCAGAUAUAUGCAUCCCAAUCAACCCCAGGAUCCCUAUUGAACAAAGCGUUCAACCAACAUAUCCGUCAGUGUGGUGCUGAUAAGGGAGUCACUUACAAAGAUAUCAACCAGCUCAUUACAGACCACCUUCUGAGUUUGAUGGUCCCAGCAAGACCUUCCAAACAUCCCAAACGGUCAUCUUCAUCGAGUAGUGCUGAAAGCUACACUCUCCAGCAUCCACUUGUGGCAGAAAUGGUCCUCCAGAGGUAUUUCGAUACCCAGAAACGCAACAUCUUUUCACUGACACGUGAUUUUUUGGAAUUUCCAGUCUUCCAAGAUAGUGAAUUCUUUUCGCUUGUUAACGCCCUUUUCAUCCGAACGCGAAGCUCUCUUCCCAAAUCAAAGUUUUCCAUCCUGUUUGAGAAGUUAAAGUCAAUUGAUGCCCGAGAUGCUGCUAAGGUCUUCUGUGAACUAGCUGAAAAGACAAGUGAUGCCAUCGUUUAUGCACAUGCCGCUAGAUUUCAUGCAAAGAAUAACCCCCCUCACUUUAAAGAAGCCAAGCAUCUGAUUUCUGAGGCAUUUAAAUGCAAUAAUGCCCAAACAAAGAAGAGAAUCAUAUAUGACUUUAAGGGUCAUAUUCUGCAAAGUGAAUUAAAAGUCAUGGUCGAAAAGAAUAAAAUUGACAGCAUAUCAGAGCUGGAAGAGUUAGCUAAUGAAGCCCUUCAGUCCUACAAGAAUUCUCGAAACUGGCCACUCACCUUUCCUUGGCCCCUUAUGGGUGAAGUCAAGGUGUGGAUUUCAUGCAUCGAAUGGAUUACAAAGAAUAAAUGCGAUGGUGACGCAGAUAGAGCUUUUGAAUUCAUUACCUCUGAAGCACCACCCUUCUUUAGAACCUGUGUUGGUGAUUCGCUGCACCUUUUGGACAUAGUGGAUGACUUAGUUCAAAAGGAGGCCAACUUGGCAGAGCCAGAAGAAAUACAGAUGCAAUGUAAUGAUCUUAAGAUAUCUUUGUUGAAAACUUUCAAAAAGGACAUGACCAGAAGGAGAUCAGGGCGAUCACGAAGUGGGGAGAAAGACCAAGACAUCAUAAGAGCAUGCAAAGUCCUUUGCUCUUCCGACAAAUUUACUAAGAGUUCAGCUGUCGAGCUUAAAAGGCUUCAAGUACAUUACAUUUUGAACAACGUUGAUCAAAUGGAGACAGCAGAUUACAACAUUCACGUAUUCCUACUCAAACUACUUGAAGACUUGAUGUUUACAGAGAAGCAAAGCACCCGUGUUGACAUGGCACGCCAUCUUAUGAAAGUGUGUCUUCUUAUGACAGGGUCAAAACACUACUCCUUGGACAAGGGAUUGAGUGUUGCUGAUGUCUGGCUACAAGAAUCGGGCUAUGAUCCUAUGCCCUAUUUUUAUAAAAUGAUGAUUGCCUUCCUUAUGAUUCUGGAUGGCAAUCAGGUCUUUUACAGAAGUGUAUUCAACAAGGCCCUUGAAAUGUGUAAAGAAAAGUCACAGAACCACUGCCGAAGAUUGGUUUCUACUCAUUUCCUAAAGAAGACCGGAGAAGGAAUGAAUCGUUUGAUGACAAAAGGAGCGUUAUUGGCAGGGGAGAAAGAGUACCCUCAAAACAUCGAAGACUUCUGGACCACUCAAUCGCGAAAGAAGCUGAAAGAGUGCAAGGGAAGAAUAAGAAUCCGCCCAAAGUCGGGCAAAAGAAAGCAGGUCUACAUCGAACUUGUUGAAGGAAACAUCGAGCUAUAUGUCGGCAAGAAUGCAGAUAUUGGCAGAGUUGAACGUGAUUUUACACAAGGCACUAUGGUGUACUUUGUCGUUAGUUUCAAUUUGGAAGGACCCGUUGCUAAUGGAAUAACUUUCAAGCCUACAAGUUCCUGAACAAUUCACGACUAUUAAAAAAGAAAUAUAGAAAGUUGUAUUUCUAUUUAGAGUAGAGUUUCACAUUGAAACGUUCAAGCUAUACGUUUACGAAGCUAGAACUUUCCGUUUAGAAUGGACUGACAUUGAAGCCAAUAAGCUCUUGAACACUUGAAUUACUGUGAAACGCGGUGCGUGCACAGGGAUUGAACUUUUCUUCGAAGUUUUUACUUACACUAGAGUUUCAAAUGGAGACUUCAUAACUGAUUUGCCAAAUACAGCUGAGUAUUUCUGAGUACUGUAUUAACUUGACUAGAGAUACCUCAGAAGUUUUGUAAGUUCAAUCUUAUUUGCCAGCUUUAUAGAAGUUUUAUAGCUUGAUUAGAAAAUAUCUAAAUGUCAUCAUGUAAGCCAAGCUUUUUAAUAUCAAUGUCUCUGAAAAAUAAUUUUGCAUGAAAAUUGACUUCAAAAAAUCGCUCUUAAAGUGAAUCCAUGAAUAAAAGGAAUGGCUAUGAAACAAUAUAUGUAUAUUUAGCUAAAUCGUUUAUUUCCUACCAAAACUAUAAACAUUACAGUAUUUUCAGCUUGUUAAAUGUACAAUCAUUACAAUCAGUACCUAAAAUAGAUUAAUACAGGUAAAAAAGUCCCACAAAUACAUCCCUAAAAAGUGUGGAAUCUGGACUGAUGGAUGUCGGACUUUGGCAAAUUGAUAAAGGAUGGUAUUUUAAGUGUACAAAGAUCGGAAGUUCUUCAAAAUCCUUGGUGCAAAAGCUAUUAAAAUACAUAUUAAAA